AUGCAACCGUCCGAGUACGAGAUUCAGCGGGAGGUGGAGGCUCUCCGUGAUCUCAGAAGGCGUUCAACAGCUGGCGGACCUGGUUCGCUUAUUCUGGACCCAGAUCUUCCCAGUGCUUCGUCUCAGACAUCGCCUACGACUACGUACUGGCCGACCGCCGAUGACUCUAGCAGCAGCUCAUCUCACGAAGAGGGUAGCGACAAUGGGGCAACAGGCGGAGACGAUCCGUUCCAUCUGUUCUGGGUUCCGGCUCGCCUUCACCCAGAGAUUGCACCUGCCGAGUUCAGACAGUUUCUCAAAGAGCACGCUCGAACGCCAUCUGACGAGAGCGGCGCCUUGGGGCGAUCGCUCUCGAGCGGCUCAAUUGGCUUGGGGCGCAAGAAAUCCAUGCUGAGCAGGCAGUACAAACCGUCUCCAAAUGAUGGUAUUGAGGAGGAGAAGGAGGAAACGGUUCUUCCUGUCAGGAGGAACAGAACAAGUAUCUAUGCCUCCGUACCACAGCUCACAAUCAACGACCUUCAGAAGCUAGAACAACUAGCCGAGGAAGCAUCGAAAAGUGAUGAUCCCUCCAAGCUGCGCAGUGUCCUUCGAAGGAGCCUGAGUCUCAACGUCGCUCCAUCAGUCAUUGACCAGAUGGAUGAUAUGCCUGAUCUCGGCGACGAUGCAGACUCGCCCAUCGUCAUCCCUCGUCCAAAUCAGGCUCUACGUCGUUCUGCUCGUACGAAAAUCCGCAAGCCCGGACAAACAGGGGAGGGAGCGCACCGGUUUACGGCUACCCGAAGUCGGCGAAAAUCUAUCAGUCGUGCAAAUACUAUGCAGGAUCCUCGAAGCUCUAGUGAGAUGUCCGUCAGCGAUCAUGGUCACGCCGAGUCCAGUCGGCUAUCCCAAACAGAAGACGUCUCUGAAGGGCCCUUCUCUCAACGGCCCGAGUCGUAUAGCGAGGAGGCCCUAAUUUAUGAUGCGUAUGCCACAGAGGACACCGAUGAAUCCGAGACACCAAUUCGAACGGCAUCACCUGAGCAAUCUGUCGAGUCGUCAACGUCUCCACCCUCUACCACAUCCCAUGCAGAACCUGAGCCUACGACAACAUCUAUCGCCCCGGAGCCGGUUCUGUACCAUCCCCAGCCACAGCGAGCCGUGGCACCUGACGUACCAGAGCCUCCUGCUGCGUCGACAUCCCCCUCUCCACAGCCACAGCCCCAACCCAGCCCUGUCCUUACUCCUGCCAGUACGCCCUCUUCUAGACCAUCUUUACAGGAAUCUGCGACCUACCUCCCCGCUCCUUCGAGCCUUUCCGAGCAACGCCGCGAGAAGGAUAAGAAAGGGGGUUUAUUCAAAUGGGGCAGCAGCGACAAAAGCAGCAAGAAGGCGCACAAGGACAAAGACACCCGUGAGCGAGAAAAGGAGAAGGAGACCGGGUUCUUUGGAUCACUCUUUGGUGCCAGAAAGAAGCAGGAGGAAGCAACUCCGCCGCUGGGCGUUGGACAAUCCGGGCGCGAAACUGCAGCCGCGCUCCUAGGUGCGUCCAAGUCGUCCAAGAACUAUGUUCCGCCGGCAUCGCCACAGUUAGCGGGGAUGUAUGCGCGGUAUCCGAUCCAUGUCGAGAGGGCAAUCUAUCGUCUCAGCCACAUUAAGCUAGCCAACCCACGUCGGCCGCUGUACGAGCAAGUCUUGAUCAGUAACCUCAUGUUCUGGUACCUGGGCGUCAUUAACAAGACGCAGGCCACCAAUACUGCGCAGGCGAAUGGCAAUGUUCAAGUGGCAGCCCAGGGGCAGUCUACCCCUAAUGCCACUCCAGAUAAAGAGCAACUGGAACGGGAGCAAAGGGAAAAGGAGGAGCGCGAGCGGAUGGAGAAGGAGCGUUUGGAGCGGGAUCAGGAGCAGAAGGAGAAGCAGCGCCGUGGCAGCCUCAGUAAGCCCUCUUCGGUCGGUUCUUCUACUCCCGGAGGAAGGCGUGCUGAGGUCCCAGUGCGCGGGCCUCAGUAUGAGAUGCAGCAUCGUGCUAUGGAGCAAGAGUAUGGAUACAGUGCAUCGAGCAAUAGCACUGGCGUACCUCCGGGCCGAACGCCAACCGUCCCUACGUCGGCGAGCAAUGGGUACCAAAAUCCACCAGCGACGAGGUCCUCGUCUGCCCCUCCUGCGCCAUAUACUGUACCUGUGGCCCAGCCCCAGCCACAAGCACCAAAUGGCGGGUUGUACAGUAUGGGCAACGUCUCAAUGCAGCCUCAACAGUACGCUCCGAUGGUGGUCGGCUCACAGCUUCCUCCUGGUGCGAUGCCCCCCAUUGCUGUUGAGCAAACAUGGCUGGUCCAGUCUGGAUCUACGCCCCUUGCUAAUUCUCGUGGCCAAUCGUCACCAUCACCACCUCAUUCUCGAUCCACCUCUCCUCCCAGCUCAUCAUCUGCUGCAUCACCACAACCACGCCGAACACGCUCACCACCGCCUAAUCGCUACACGCCGGCACAGGAGAAGCAGCCGUACAGUGGGGGGCGGCUUCCGAGUCGGUCUCUGUCCGCUACGGCCGCCCCACCUGUGCAGACGAUGCAUCAUGUCAACGGCAAGCUGAAGAAGGGGACCAGCGCCCACGCGGUAGUGCAGAAUCACCGACGAUCAGAGGACGAAGACAUGCCACUCGCGAUGUGGCAGCAACAACAACGACGCAAGUAGCGGACAUUGGACUAUUUCUUAUUCCCUCUCAUUUCUCCUUAGUGUAUGCGUGUGCUUGCGUCAUUCUCACUCCAUCAUCUAGAUAUCCCUGCAAUUUAUUUUGACCUGGGCUUGUACUCUCCCUUCAUGUCUGUUGCCGCCACGUUCAUGGGUCUUGCGAAUCAUCGGACAUGGCUCCCCUCUCUUCGCACUCGGCCGCGGCGCACAGGGCUUUCGCGUUUCAUGGUCCACUCACCUACCUACCGUACCAUAUGGAUUGCAGUCGUGCGUUACUAUGCCUUCCGUUAGCAAUCCGUCCGUAUUUGCAUUACGUGGACUGUUGGGCCUACCUAAUAUGACAUUGGGAACUGUACAUCACAA